AUACUUCUUGACUGACGUUAUAUGUGCAGUUUCUUUGUUACCAACUAAAGCGUGCUGAGAUACCCUCCGACGUCAGCUGGCAUCACCCAUUGAUCAAUUGCGAUUGCAAUCGAUAAAGUUACCACGAAGGAAGAAGACUAAAAAAAAUAGAGAGCCGAAAAAAUCAUGGCUAUCCUCGAUAAGGAGACCCGCUCCCGCGGUCUCCGAAUGCCAUCACUUUCUGCCAUUAAAUCCAGGAAGAAAAAUGCCGAAUCACCACGAAGAGAUUCGAGUUCCGACGAAAUCGCGGCUUCAGUCCGAACGGACUCGGUACCGGUCUGGUCUUCUCAAUCGCAAGAGAAAGACUUGCCGCCGAAUCCGUUGCCUUCUCCCCCACCAUUCCCCUCUGCCCCAGCCGAUUCGUUCUUAAACCAGUCGCCCUACCAUCACAUCAACACUGUCCCUAAACCUGAAGAACGUCCACUACCCAGAUUUCCUCGAGUCCCAGUUCCCAGGCGGGAGGAGCCCCCAGCUUCGGCUCCUGUACAACAAGUAACUCCUCCGUCCAGUGAAGAUCAGUACCCGAUCCACCACCAGGAGCACAUUCAGGCGUCGGAGGACCCGCUAGAGAGCUUUAUCCCUGAACCAGAGCCCGAAAUCGAUGCAUCUUUAGAACCGGUCUCAAGCGAAGAGAACAGCGGUCCUUGGACGCCGCCAGAUUAUGAACCUGUCGCCGCGCCGCUAAGCAAAUUGCAUUAUGCCUGCUAUCAAGAACAUCGGGCGAUGCCCAUCGCUAAUAACGUCUGGCAUGCGCUUCCAUGUAUGACCUGUCAGAAAUUUGACCGAGAAAUGCGGUACCGAUGCGUUUUCUGUUGCCUGCGCAUUUGCGCCGGUUGUUUUCAGACGUUGCAGAAAUGCCCAAACCGCUCGCUGGCGCAGCUGAUGAAGACGAUUCCUUCUCAUAAGUAGUCGCACAUUCAUCAUUAAUGAGCUUCUAAAUUUCCUUUGUCCUGGAAGUAUGGUGAAUAUUGCAGUUUCGUUUCUUAUACAUAUUUUCGGGUUGAUUUUCCGAAGCUAACCUUGUUAUGUCUUUGUUGUAAGUUAAGACUUGCUAUCUGUUUAUGUUAUGACGCGUCAAGAAGGCUGU